UCACUCCGCACUCGAGGUGCCAAACUGCGGCUGUGAUACAACUCCGGGUCGGUGGAAGUGUGGAAGCUUGACAGUUUCUUAAAAAGGGGGGACUCUGGUGAUUUAGACGCCCCCUUCAUCCACUUCUUUCUGGGGAUUUUUUUUUGUCCUGCCUCUUGCUUCUUGCAGUUGUGUGACUUUGGCUUUGAGAGAGAUUUACAGUAUAAGCCGUUUUCCGGACCAUGUCUUUCCCUCAGCUGGGAUACCCCCAGUUCCUCAGUGCCUCCCAUGAGAUGUACGAACGGCCGGCCUCUGCCCGGGAAGGAGGCACUGAAGGCGGCUUGAGCUCCUCCGCAACCGCCGCGGCUGUCGGCUCCAUGCUGGGGAUGUACGGAAGCCCAUGGGCGGCUCACAACUACAGUGCCUUCCUGCCGUACAGCGGAGCCUCAGACCUCGCCCUCAUAUCCCAGAUGGGCUCCCAGUAUGAGCUGAAGGACAGCCAGGGCUCCCACCCGGCCUCUCUACCUGUCCACGCCGCUCAGGGCUUCUACCCAUACGGCCAAUACCCGUACGGGGACCCGUCGAGGGCCAAGACGGCCACCAGGGAGACCACCAGCACCCUGAAGGCCUGGCUGGGGGAGCACCAGAAGAACCCCUACCCCACAAAGGGAGAGAAGAUAAUGCUCGCCAUCAUCACCCGGAUGACACUCACACAGGUAUCGACGUGGUUCGCUAACGCCCGCAGACGCCUGAAGAAGGAGAACAAGGUGACCUGGGGCCGCAGCGCAGAGGACCGGGACGGCCGCAUCUUCAGCAGCGACAACGAGGACGAUCUCGGCAAGAACGGCAGCGACGACGAAGACGAAGAGGAAGAGAUUGAUUUGGAAACUGUCGACAUCGAGAGACCCGAGGUGGAGCAGGGGAAGGGAGGAGAGGGGAAGGGAGGAGAGGGAGAGGGAGAGGGAGAGGAACAGGGGGAGGCGGGCCUGGCCGACAGAGAGCUGCAGGCCUCGGAGCCGAAGAGCUCCGAGAGCAGCAGGACGCUUUCAGUGGACGCGGACAUUUCUCUCAACAGAUCGCCUGUUGUCAAAGUUGUGGAUCGUUCUCCCAGCAGACAGGAGUGCCAGAGACCCCCGCAGAGCAAACCCAAAAUAUGGUCCCUGGCUGAGACCGCCACGGCCCCGGACAGCUCUCAUAGACCUUCCACCCAUGCGCACCACCCGGCUUUGGCCUCCCCCGGACACCCGGCCUUACUCCCGGGUCAUGGGAUUUACACAUGCCAGAUUGGCAAACUUCACAACUGGGCCAACGCAGCUUUUCUGAACGCCAACUCUAUUUUGAACAUGAGGUCGCUCCUCGGAGGUUCGCCGGCCGGACACCUGCCUCUCCACGGAGCGGUUCCCGUUGCGCGUCAUGACGCACGGCCUGCUGCGGCGACGGGGCCCGGAACAUCGGGGACGGAGGAGGACAGUGAUGUGGAGUCGUCGGGGAGCUUCAGUCCAAAAAGAGAUGAGAGUGACCACAGGCCCGAUUCUCUGAAGUCCCCCUUCCAGCUGAUCACUGACAGACCUCACCAUGGGACAGCACAGCAGCGAGUUCUGACGACGACAUUAUGAGAAGAUAAAGAAAGAAAAGAAAGGAAUAAUUUUAUUUAACGGAGAACAGUUUAAAUGAAGGCUAUUUUUUGAACAGUGCGACCUGUUAUAGUAUUACUGUUUAGCUUCUACUUGCAAAAAGAGAUGGUUGUUUUUUUUGUCACAGAUUUGCUUGUAUCUCUCUCUUCUGUCAUAUGAGUCCUCUUCGCCUCUUCUGUUGUGAAUGGAAACCUUGAAAUAUUGUAAAUACAGGAUAUGAAUUUGUCUUUAAAGAAUAUAUUUUUUGGGAACUAAAUAAAUGUCAUUAUAGUCAUUUUA